GAAUACCAAGCAAUCUGAAGAAUAAAAAAACGGUCGAAAUAUUGUACAAAGUUAAUUAGGCCGUGUUCAAGAUGAAAUACUUUGAAUUCCUAAGCCUUUCGUCGGUGGGCCUCUGCAUAGCCUGUGGGGACUUGCUAUUAGCAGUGAGCAUACUGGGUCCUUCGAGCUUUUACCUAUACCUCGAUUUCAUGGAUAUUGAAAAAUGGGAACAGGAUGCCGAAGUGGAAGCUUUGACUCCCAUUGGAACCUUCUUUUCAACAUUGGUGAACUAUCUGUGGGUGCGAGAGUUCUCGCAGGUUUUCUAUAUGACAGCAACGUUUAUAAUUUGGGUGAAGGCAAUGAUAAACCUAAUGGUGGCCUGUAUUCUUAUCGACGGCAUAAAGCAGAAACGUCUCGUAUGUAUUGCUCCCUGGUUGAUAAACUCAUGCCUAUCAAUGGUUGUUGAAACGGGCAUUUUUGUGAGCCUGGAGCUGCGAAUUGAUGAAGUUGAUGCCGCAGUGGAUCGUCGAAUAGCGAGAAGCCUAAUCUUUGGCGUAUUUAUAGUGCUGAACGCGUUAUUUUCGUAUGGUAUCUUUGCUCUUUAUCGCAAGCUAAAGUCUGACCCCAGUGAGAAUGUUGAAGUCAUUCCCCAAAGCCCGCCACACACAUUUAAUGCCUGAACAUACUUAGAAUUUACGUUUUGGAACCGACAAAUAUAAAUGUUUGAAAAAUAAUACAAAUAAAUCUAUCCCUAAGUUUUACUCACUUC